AUGAGUUCUGAAUCAAAGAGUUGUGAGUCGUCAGACUCAGAUGACAAUGUAAUCAUCUUCUACGAGCCAGAAACCAACACAACAGCUUCCACAGGAAAAGCAAAAAUGCCUAAAGGAAGAGAGGGCCUAAAGACCGCGUUUGGACUCGUGGGCAACGACGAAUAG